AUGUCCAAGGUCAUCAGGAGUGUAAAAAAUGUCACCAAAGGCUACUCCAGCGUCCAGGUCAAGGUCCGCGAUGCGACCAGCAACGACCCCUGGGGCCCGACCGGCACCCAGAUGGCCGAGAUCGCUCAGCUGACCUUUAACUCGCCCGAACCUGACAGGUCGACCGAGUUCUACGAGAUUAUGGACAUGAUUGACAAGCGACUUAACGAUAAGGGAAAGAAUUGGAGGCACGUCCUCAAGGCGCUCAAGGUGCUAGACUACUGCCUGCACGAGGGCUCCGAGCUGGUCGUCACGUGGGGAAAGCAGAACAUAUACAUCAUCAAGACGCUCCGAGAGUUCCAGUACAUCGACGAGGAAGGAAGAGAUGUAGGGCAGAACGUGCGUGUCGCUGCGAAGGAGCUUACGUCACUGGUUCUCGACGACGAGCGACUGCGGGCCGAGCGGAGCGACAGGAAGUCGUGGAAGUCUAGGGUGACGGGGCUCGAUGAAUACGGACCUCCGCCACAUGCCGAGUCGUCGCAACCGAGACGGCGCGAACCACGGCGCCAAUACAGCGACGAGGAGGAUGCCGAGUACAAGCUUGCUAUCGAGGCCAGCAAGUUCCAGGAAGAGGAGGAUCGCCGAAAACGCGAGAGCCGCAGCGGCGCCAACGAGGAGGACGACGAUCUUGCCAAGGCGAUCCAGCUGAGCAAGGAAGAGGAGGACAACCGACGCAGAGAGCUGGAGCAGACCAAUGCGGCCUCGCUCUUUGACGACUCGCCGGUCCAAACCACCCAGAGCCAGCCACAGUACACCGGCUUCAACCAGGGCUAUCAGCAGGGAAGUGCGGUUGACUUCUUUGCCAACCCGAUCGAGCAGAACCAGAUGCAGACGCAGCCCACGGGAUACAUGCCCAAUGCGUACACGGGCUUCCAGACCCAGCCUACCGGCUAUCCCAACGGUGCGAACGGAUUUGGCAUGCAACCGACGGGCUAUGAUCCUUAUGGCCAGCAGAACAUGCAGAACAUGCAGGGCAUGCAAAGCAUGCAGUCCUUCCAGCCGCAGCCGACAGGCUACAAUCCCUAUGCCCAGCAGACACCAGUACAGUCGCCGCAAGAUCCCAACCCGCAGCCCGGAAGCAACAACCCCUGGGCCACCAACAACACCCAGUCGCCCUCGGGCAUGCAGCCCAUGAAGACCGGCUCCAACAAUCCGUUUGCUUCCAACAUGGCGCGCCCGCAGACCUUCAAGGCGCCAUCGAUGCCGGCGCUCAGCAGCCUCCCGGAACAGAAGACCCUCAGCAGCUUCAAUCAGCCGCAGCCGACCUCGUUCACUCCUCCUCCUCCAUCCAUGCAGAACAGCAACGUGAGCGAGCACGAGGCGAAGCUCAACGCGCUGCUGUCCAGCGGCGAAGGUCAAGACACCUUUGGAAAUACUGGACAGCUGCGUAUCCCGGCCCAGCACACCGCGCCCGGCACCUUUGUCAACAGUGCUGGCUCUGGUGUCAGCAGGCUGACGGCCGACGCGACGGGGAGCAACCCCUUCCUGCGCCAGCAGUUUACCGGCAUGCCCAACAUCUCUUAUGGCCAGCAGAUGCCGGCGGCUACUGGCCCUGCUAACAUGAAUGGAUUUGGCGGUCAGGGCACCAACAACCCAUUCGCGGGUCGGCCACAGCAGCAACAGCAGCAGGGAGGCCAGGGAGAUCUGAUUCAGUUCUAG